ACCUUACUGCCAGCAUUAACUCUCAGCGCACAUUUCAGCAGCAACACAUCAGCAAAGGAACAAGGAAACAAAUACAGCGAUCCUCAAUGGCCAUACAACUAUUCUCGCGCGCGGCAAAAAGUGGAUUCGGGAGUCGCUUGAGCCCAGCAACGACAGCCUGUCUCUUGACCUCCAUGCGCUCGCAACAUCGGCGCAUGACACCCAUUCGCUUCCAGUCUACAGAUUCAACAGCGGCAGCUCCGGAGCAGUAUGACGUGGUCAUCGUUGGAGGGGGUAUCGCAGGAAGUGCUCUGGCUUGUGCUCUCGCAUCCGGAAAGGCCUCCAGCACGCAAAAGAUCGCCCUCAUCGAGGCAUUUGACCUCAGCAACCAUAUUAACUGGUCCCCGCGUGCGGAUCAAUAUUCAAACCGUGUAUCGUCUCUCACUCCGAAAUCCGUCGCAUUCUUGAAAAACAUUGGCGUUUGGCCAGAACUGGAUCCCUCGCGUGUUACCGGCCUUGAGGGGAUGCAGGUCUGGGAUGGCGUCAGUGGCGCGAGGAUCACAUUCGAUGCCGCGAAUGUGAAUAGCACUCAGUCGAGUUUCUUGCACCAGGUGUUCUCUGGACCCAAAGUUAGCAACAUCAACGUGAAUGGAAGCGAGUUUCAGGAAAGGACUGUGGGUAAUCAGGAGUCAUCGCCCCUGGCAUGGAUGACGGAGAAUCUGCAUGUACAGUAUGGUCUUCAGAAACAGAUCCUGUCGCACCAGGCGCGCGGCGUCAGCUUGGAUAUCUUUGAAAAGACCAAGGUUCAGGGGAUCACUGCCAGCCAAAGAGAGGCCGCUGAGGCAGCAGACCCAACGCACCUGGAUGUUUCGGACUGGCCAGUCAUCGAACUUGACAAUGGCAAGAAACUGCAGACGAGAUUGCUGGUUGGAGCCGAUGGUGUCAACUCGCCUGUGAGGUCAUUCGCUAAUAUCGAGUCACUGGGAUGGGAUUACGGACAGUUUGGACUCGUUGCCACCCUCAAGGUCGAUCCAUUGACAUCUACGGCACCAGGACAUGGAAGGGGGGUUGCAUGGCAGAGAUUCUUGCCCACCGGGCCCAUCGCUAUGUUGCCUUUGAACAAUGGACUCGCCAGUUUGGUCUGGUCGACAACGCCUAAGAUUGCACAGGAUCUCAAAAAGCUGCCACCGCGUGAUUUCUGUGCAUUGGUGAACGCAGGAUUCAAUGCCAGCCCUGCGGAUCUAGAAUACUUGUACAAGAACAUUGGAGCCGAUGGCCAGCCCCUUGUGGACUUUCAGCAGGAAAUUUCGUGGCGUGCUAGCGUACAAGAUAUGGAGGCAUCCAAGACCAUGGUCCGUGGCACCGGUGGCGAGGAUCCCAAGCCGCCCAUGGUUGUGGAUGUCCAGGAGAACACUCGAGCACCAUUUCCGUUGAGAAUGCGCAACUCUAACAGCUAUGUCGAGGAUCGUGUUGUCCUUGUUGGAGAUGCCGCACAUACCGUUCAUCCUUUGGCAGGCCAGGGUCUUAACCAGGGCUUGGCAGAUGUGGAAUGCCUCGCUCGCGUCAUCGAACAAAGUCUUCUCAGUGGAUCCGACAUUGGCAACAUCCACUCCCUGACUCCAUAUUCGAGCGAGCGCUUCCUUCCAAACUUGGCCAUGCUUGGAACAGUUGACAAACUGUCGAAGCUGUACAACACUGACUUUGGACCGAUUGUCUGGGCUCGCUCUCUAGGUUUGACCGCUGUUGAUAAUAUGGGUCCCUUCAAGUCAGAGAUCAUGAAGUUCGCCAUGGGACUCGAGGACGUUCCGAAGUAGUGAUAAAGUUAGGUGUUGACGCAGAGCAGAGCGAGCCAGACCAGGAUCUUUGAAGGGACUUCAACUGCUUACAUGUAUGGAAGUAAUAAACAGCAUUGGCAUUCAUAUUAGCGUACAUCCCUGG